AUGCGUCUUUCAAUUGCAGUCGCAGCGGUCCUUUCCGGCCUUCAGGCUGUUUCUGGGCUCAGGCUUUCACCAAGAAACAUUGCGGAAAGGGAGCAGGAGUUCCAAGCACAGACUCGUCGCAGUCUUGCUAAACGCGCAGACACCGACCCAUCCCUGCUAUACCCGGAACGCAAUUUGUCUGUACCGGUCGACUUCUUCCACAACGAGACUCGUUACGAACCGCACAGCAAUGGAUCUUUCAACUUGAGAUACUGGUUCGAUGACACUUACUACAAGCCAGGCGGCCCUGUAUUUGUCCUUCUCAGCGGAGAAACCAGCGGAGUGGGCCGCCUACCUUUCCUCCAAAAGGGAAUUGUACAUCAGGUCAUCAAGGCCACUAAUGGUCUAGGCGUCAUCCUGGAACACCGUUACUAUGGAACGAGUUUCCCCGUUCCGGAUCUUACCACCAAGAACAUGCGUUUCUUGUCAACGGAGCAAUCUCUUGCUGAGAUUGACUACUUUGCGAGGAACGUCAAGUUUGAUGGAAUUGAUGCGGAUCUGACAGCUCCAAACACCCCGUGGAUCGUCUACGGUGGAUCUUACGCAGGAGCGCAAGCUGCGUUCCUGCGUGUAGUCUACCCAGAGACCUUUUGGGGAGCAAUCUCAUCAUCAGGUGUCACCAAAGCCAUCUAUGACUACUGGGAGUACUUUGAGCCCGCCAGGAUUUACGGACCUCCAGACUGUAUCAAGAACACUCAACUCUUGAUCGAUGUAGUUGACGGCAUCCUGUUGCGCCAAAACGAUACUUCCUUGGUCCAAUCGCUCAAGAAUGUCUUUGGCCUGGGCCAAGUCACGGACAACCGUGACUUCGCAAACCAGCUCACUGGUAUCUACGGUCUCCAAAGCACAAGCUGGGAUCCCGAGGAGAACUCUCCUUCGUUCUUCAACUACUGCCAGAACAUCACCAACGAGGAGCCUGUUGCCGAGAACCUGCGUCCAGAGGUUGCUAAGCUCGUCUCAGCAGCUGGCUACCCCAACGACACAGCAGUCCAGGACAUAACCCUCAACGCCAUUGUCUGGCUCAACCGCACCGCGGUCGCAAACUGGCGCGAAUCAGACGUGUCCCAAGACCGCUUCUUUACGACAAUCAACGCUACCUCCAUCCAAGCGGCCAGCUCACUCGAAGACUACCCUUAUGUAAGCUGGGGUUACCAAGUGUGUACUGAAUGGGGCUACAUCCAAACCGGCAACACACCCAAGGAUAUCAUGCCCUUGAUCUCGCGCACCCUCGACCUCGAAUACCUGACCUUCUUCUGCCGCGCACAGUUCGGAAUCGAGACCCCUCCGGAUGUUGAGCGCAUCAACAAAUACGGUGGGUUCGACAUUGCGUACGAGCGUCUCGCGUUUAUCGGUGGAAACGCCGAUCCCUGGAGGCCUGCAACCCCAUUGUGGUAUCCAGACAGCCGCAACACCUCGACUGAGGAACCUUGGUUACUUAUUAGCCACGGUGUGCACCAUUGGGAAGAGAAUGGUAUCUUCGAGAACCAGACUACACCUGACCUGCCUCCACCGCAGGUUGUGUAUGCGCAGCAGUUUUUGAAGAACUUCGUUGUGGAUUGGCUUGAGGAAUUUGAGGAACAGAACACUCAAUCUGAGCUUCGCAAAUAA